GUAUGUAAUAUAGAUGAUUGAUAAACAAUGCAGCGUCAGAUUAUUGUGUUUGUACCUCUUGUUAAUUAGCGGUAACAGCUUAUGCUGUAUUGUGUAAUAUGUGUUGUUAAUUUAAAGUAAUUAUUUUAUGUGCUUGAUUCGAUUAAAUAAGCCGGUCGGCCGUUACGCAAAUUUAUUAUCUUUGCCGAGGUAUUUUGCUAGAGCAAAAUAAAAUAUAAAUGUUUUAAGUAAUCAGAUAUUAUAAGUAUGGAAUAGUUCUGGUGAAAAGAUGAAAUUUAAAACGGGUAUUUUAUCAAGAAUUUUUAAUGUUUGCUUUCGUUUUUUCAUAUUUGUCACACGUUUUCGCGAUCGUGAUUUUCGGACUUUUUUAUCCUUUCUUACAAGAUUUUCUAGUACAAUUGAAAUAAAAAGCCAACAAAAGUAUGCAUUUAAUAAUAAUAUGAUGACUCUUGCAAAAGCAACUCUUAUUUUAAAGCAUUUUUUGUGAAUAAAAGCAUGUGACCUUUAAAUAUUCAAUGAUUUGAGCAUUUCAACUCUCCCCACCCACCUUGUUACAAUGAUAAGUGAACAUUAGUGCAAGUCCAUCUAUUGCUAAGUGACAGUGUGUAUAGUUGCUAAAAGUUGCAAGAAUAUGUAAUAAAAACAUAGUUUAAAGUGUUUAUUAUGCAUAAUUGUAAAUUCCCCCGAGUGAAAAAAUUCCCCAAAACUGCUCGUCGCGCGCUAUUUUCUUCCCCCAGUGACAGGCUGGGGCCUCUUCCCCCAGUCGUAAAAAAAACCCCUGGGUUGUGAUGAAAUAAUGCUCGGAGGGGCGCCAGGAGUCUUUCUCCACCAUCAAAGCUGGAAAGUAGCCACAUGACCUGAAUUGUGUCAGUGCGACACUAAACCCAAGAACCCAACAAAACAAACAUACAUGCAUAUUGAAUGGCUUGCCAUCGAAGAAAUAUGAGGACUACAGCUCUUGAAAAGUUAAAGGAACUACAGAAGAAGCCGUCACAUGUGCGGAACCUCUGUAUCCUAGCCCAUGUGGAUCAUGGAAAGACAACUCUUGCAGAUGCUCUGGUUGCUAGCAAUGGUAUUAUUUCACAAAGAAUGGCUGGAAAGCUUCGGUAUCUGGACAGUCGAGAAGAUGAGCAGAUACGAGGAAUUACGAUGAAGUCAAGUGCAAUAUCACUGCAGUAUCAAAGUGGUGGUGAUGAAUUUUUGAUCAACCUGAUAGAUUCACCAGGACAUGUUGAUUUCUCCAGUGAAGUUUCAACAGCAGUUCGUCUCUGUGAUGGAGCUGUAGUUGUUGUUGAUGUUGUGGAGGGGGUUUGUCCACAGACUCAUGCUGUGCUGCGCCAAGCUUGGCUAGAGAACAUAAAACCAAUCCUGGUUCUCAAUAAACUGGACAGGUUGAUCCUAGAACUGAAGAUGGAACCAACUGAGGCAUUUAUGCACCUUCAGCAAAUACUUACAGAGGUAAACCUGGUUACGAGCGAAUUAUUCACAGCAGAUGUGAUGUCGAUGCAGACUACAGAUUCAUCUACCAGUGCAGCCGGGGAUCAGAAACAGACAUAUGAUUGGACAGAAGACGCAGAUGAACUAGAAUACAAGAACAUUUAUUUCUCACCAGAGCUGGGUAAUGUUGUGUUCGCUGCAGCUUAUGAUGGAUGGGGAUUUAGUAUUGACAAGUUUGCUGAGAUUUAUGGGAAGAAGCUUGGAAUGAAUGAAGUUGGUUUACGUAAAACAUUGUGGGGAGAUUUCUUCCUCAAUUCAAAAACCAAGCGCAUCAUGAAAGGUGCUCAGUCAAAGGGGAAGAAGCCAUUAUUUGUUCAGUUUGUGCUGGAGAGUAUUUGGGCAGUGUAUGAUGCUGUUGUGGUGAGUCGUGACAAAGAAAUGACAGAGAAAAUCGUGAAAUCUCUAAACCUGAAAAUUACUGCACGUGAUUCACGACAUAAUGAUCCACGUGUACAGUUACAAGCCCUGAUGGGUCAGUGGUUACCAGUCUCUCAAGCUGUACUAGAUAAAGUAGUGGAGAAGUUGCCAUCUCCACUUGAAAUAGAAGAGGAGAAAGUGGAGAAGUUGAUGUGUAACCAGGCGAGAAGGUUUGACUCCAUGCCACAAGAAACACAGGAUCUGAAACAAGAUUUUCUGUCCUGUAAAGCCUCAGAAGAUGCCCCAGUAAUUGUAUUUGUAUCUAAAAUGUUUCCUGUGGACAAAGCAUCACUGCCAAAAAACAAGCAAAGACCAUUGACAGAGGAGGAGUUACAGCAACGUAGAGAAGCAGCUCGUCUCCGUCAUGCAGAGAGAAUGGCUGGAAAAAAUAUCGAAGCAUCAAGUGAACAUAUUUCUACCCCUGACAGUUCGGAAGGUGUAGCAGAACUUGUACCAGAGGACAGGGAGCAGGAAGAUGAUACAGACCAGGUUUUUGUAGCAUUUGCUCGUGUGUUCAGUGGCUGUGUGAGGAAAGGACAGAAGCUGUACGUCCUUGGACCUAAACAUGAUCCUGCAAAGGCUUUACAAAAGCUAUCAGAUGGAUGUAGUGGCAUGUCUGCAGCACAACGACUGGAAGAUCUUGCUAGAGAUGAUCAUGUGACUGUUGUCACGGUAACAGAUCUAUACUUGUUCAUGGGACGUGAACUGGAGGCACUAGAUUGUGUACCUGCUGGAAAUGUUCUUGGUAUAGGUGGGCUUGAAGAUCAUAUUUUGAAAUCUGGAACAUUGUCAAGUACAGUGGCAUGUCCAUCAUUUACAGACCUAUACUUUGAUGCUUCACCAAUACUGAGAGUGGCACUGGAACCUAUACAAGCUGGAGAUAUGCCAAAGUUGGUGAAGGGACUAAAGUUAUUGAAUCAAGCAGAUCCGUGUGUCCAAGUCCUCGUGCAGGAAACAGGGGAGCAUGUGAUCAUCACGGCGGGUGAAGUUCACCUUAGGAGGUGUAUUGACGAUCUUACAGAAAGAUAUGCUAAGAUAGAAAUCUCAGAAUCCUCUCCCAUAGUUCCAUUCCGUGAAACCAUUGUACCACCGCCGACAAUAGACAUGGUGAACGAGUCGAUACAGGACCAAAAUCCUGCCGGUAAAAAUGAGAAACAACGAGAGUUUGAUGAAGAUGAAGAAGUUUUAGAAACAGGGUUGGUUAGAAUAUUCACACCCAGUAAAUUUUGUAUGGUACAAAUACGUGCAGUACCGUUACCACAGGACGUAACAGAUUUCCUUGAUGAGAACCAGUUCUUGAUUAAAACGCUUGAUCAGUAUUUUUCGGCAAAAAUAUCGGAGCGAAAUAAGUCCGAAGUACACUUUGGGACGAAACUGAAACAGUCGACAAAAGAGGCAAUAAGAGAAUUUAAAGAGAAGUUGGAAGCAUUAUUUUUAGAGGCUGGAAAACAAUGGAAAGGAUGUGUUGACUGUAUUUGGGCAUUUGGACCUAAAAGGGUUGGGCCUAAUUUAUUGUUGAAUAAAGUUGAUGGAUACAACAGAACUUCAGUGUGGGAUUGUUUGAGAAAUGAUAAAACAGAAAUGAAAGUGGUGGUUAGAGAUUAUGACUAUAGUGUUGUAAGUGGAUUCCAGCUAGCAACCCUUACAGGACCACUCUGUGAUGAACCAAUGAGAGGCGUGUGUUUUAUUAUGGAAAAAUGGGAAAUAGGGUCUCAUGUUACUGAGCUUGGAAAUGAUGUUAUAGAAAGCAAAAAUGAUAGCAUUUCAUUGGCUAAAAAUAGUGCAGCAAAUUAUGAGGAAAAUGUACAUAUACAAUUGUCUAAAUUAAAUCUCAAAAAUGGGGAGUGUACAGACAAUUUGCAAAGUGAUAUACCUAGUUCAGGCAUAGAUGAGCAAAUUCCAGAGUGUUCAAAAACAUCUGUUGAAGGAUCUAGUUUAGAAGUGGAAUCUGCUGGGGAAUCAAGAUUUGAUAUAGAAAAAGAAGCAAAAAGGACAGACAUGAAAGGUCAUGUGUCGGGUCAGUUGAUCUCAAUAGUGAAGGAGGCAUGUCAGAAAGCAUUCCAGACUCAGCCCCAACGUCUCAUGGCUGCAAUGUAUAAAUGUAACAUACAGGCAACUGCAGAUGUACUUGGGAAGUUGUUUGCUGUGCUUGGGAAGAGAAAUGGAAGAACCUUGCAGGAUGAGAUGCGGGAAGGGUCGCAGAUAUUUAACAUCAUAGCUGUUAUUCCUGUUGUAGAGAGUUUCGGGUUCUGUGAAGAUAUAAGAAAGAAAACAAGUGGAUUGGCAAGUCCGCAGUUGGUGUUUAGUCAUUGGGAGACUAUAGAUGUAGAUCCUUACUGGGUUCCGACCACAGAAGAAGAAAUAAUGCAUUAUGGGGAGAAAGCAGAUUGUGAAAAUCGGGCACGUGCCUACAUGAAUACUGUCCGGGAGAGAAAAGGCUUGAAAGUUGAUAAAAAGAUUGUUGAGCAUGCAGAAAAACAAAGAACAUUAACUAGAAACAAAUAAUUCUCAAAUCUUUCCAUUCACAAUUAAGAGAUACCUCUCACAAAACUGAUGAGAUCUACACAAAGUAAUUUUAAAAAUGCAAUAUAAAAUUCUCAUGUCCACCCACUGUUAAGUUGCAUACGAAAAAAAUCCUUCAAAUUACAUGAUUUGCAACACUCAUUAUUGCUAAGCAAUUAGUCUAAUUGAUUAUUGUUUUGCUUAACAAGUGGGACGUAUAUCAAGUCUACAAAUAUGUUAUUAUAACUGAAGUAAAAGGUCAUGAAACAUUUAACAUGUAUUCUCAUCAAUUGAAAAUUAAAUGUUUUUGUUUUUUUUCUAUAAAAAGCUGAGAAAACUGAAUUGAUCUAUGAAAUUGUUGGCUGUUUUGUAAUAUGAUAAGCAGGCUCAUAGUCAAUAGAAUAAAUAUAUUUUUAUCAGUA